AUGAGUUCUUCCUUGCUUAAACUCACCUUGCCCGAACUCAUCUCGCUCGAAGUCACCUCACCCGAACUCGCCAUGUCCGAAGUCACCUCAUCCGAACUCGCCUCUCCUGAACUCCUCUGGUCCGAGCUUCCCCUUCCCGAGCUUGUUCCGUAUGAAACUGCCUGUCUCGAACUCAACCUAAUGAGUUCCCACCUAUCCAAAGACGGCUUGCCCAAAUUUGCCUCACCCAUUAAGAAAGGGUAUUCUCGGAUGGACGACCGUGGGCGGUGGGAGGCUGCAAUCUGGGAAUGCAUACCGUACACGAAGAUACCAAGGCUUCCCCCUGAGCUGACAGACCUCAUAAUUGACUUUGUGGGUGGCGACCCAGAUCCCGACACCACCAAGCAGAAGAUACUGUACAACUGUGCUCUUGAUCUGCUGUAUAUCAACACCAACUUCUUCAAAGCUCUUGUACGAGCAUCGCGAACACCUAGUUACCCCUAUGCAGCCGCUUUGCGCGCAGUGCAGGUAAUAAUCCUAUGUGAUGCAGAGCCUACAUGGGUGCAUCAAUUUCCCCUCAUCCUUGGACGAAUGUUCUCAGCUGUCCAGGAAUUGCAUAUCAAGGACCUCCAUUGGGAUAAAGUUGUUAUACAUCCACGCACACUGCUAGUGGCUGCACAUUCCGCAAUUUCUGCCAAUUUCGGCGCCUCGUCUGUGCACUACCUCGGCUGCAAACUCUAA